ACUUUUAUCACGAUAAAAUUGCGCUGAACAGGGAAUGAAACCCUAAUUGAAAUUGAAGCUUGGAAUAAUGAAGACAAUUUUCGAUAUUCCAGGGGAAUUGUUAGAGGAUGAGAUAUUCUCUAGGGUGCCGAUGACAUCUCUGAGGUCAGUGCGAUCUACCUGUAGAAAGUGGAACACUUUAUGUAAAAAUCGUAUCUUUUUUGGUAAAGAGACAGCAGCGAAGAAGCAGUUCAUGAUGAUGGACUCAAGGAUUUGUUUGAUGAACUUCGAUCCCUGCAAAGACAUCAAUUUGGUCGACCCAUCUAUAAAACAAGUAAGCUUACUCGAUCAAAUCGAGAUAUCUAAGGUGUUUCAGUGUAAUGGCUUGUUGCUAUGCGUCCUUAAGGAUUGCUCUAGGCUCUUGGUAUGGAAUCCAUACUUAGCGCAAACGAGGUGGAUCGAACCCAGAAUCAGUUUCCAAAGUUCAGACAGGUUUGCUCUCGGACACGACAACAACAACCUUAACCACAAGAUCCUGAGGAUCUCUGAUGAGCAUCAUCCAAUUACAAGUAAACACGUUUUAGGGUUCGAACUCUACGAUUUUAGCUCGGGUUCGUGGAAGGUUCUUGAUGUCACUCCCCACUGGGAGAUAUGGUCUCAUCUACGCGGCGUGUCCUUGAAGGGAAACGCUUAUUUUCCUGCUCAAAAGAAGGUGGGGACAAAGAUACGAAGGGUUGCAGGUUUCUUCCUCUGUUUUGAUUUCACAACAGAGAGCUUCGGGCCGCUUCUGCCUCUACCGUUUCAGUCCGAACAUGGAGGAGUUUUCACGUCUCUGUCUUGUGUUAGAGAAGACCAGCUCGCCGUAUUGUAUCAACACUGGGAGGCACAAGAGACGGUCGAGAUUAGUGUUACGGAUAAGAUUGGUCCUAAUGUUGUGUCUUGGACAAAGUUUUUGAAACUAGUCACUAGCUUUUGCGUUCACCCUUAUUCCGGUAGCUUUUUCAUUGACGUGGAGAUGAAAAUUGCUGUGGUUUUUGUUCUAGAAAGGGCCAAGGCUUGUCGCUACCAAACUGCUCAUGUCAUUGGACAAGAUGGAUACUUCAAAUCUGUUAGAAUCCGAGAAGCUCCUGAUCUCGGGAACACUUUUCAUCCUCAUGAGAGAUAUUGUGCCCCACUGGUUUGCUCUUCAUAUCUUCCAAGCUUAGUGCAACUGCAAAUCAAGCAGCCAACCUUUCUAAUGGAAAGAAUGUGAUUAAUCAUUAGUUACAUGUAUAUUUUGUAUCAUCUUCUUCAGGACAAUUACUCGUUUGUAUUUUGCUUUUUAUCAUUGGCUUUUUAAUGUUUUAUGACCCUACCUAUUAUUCAUUUGUGGUUUGCCCUCCCCCA